AUGCCAUCCCACAGACAGGUGCAGAGUAUAGGAACUCGCAACGGAGUGAAACUCGGGAGAUUCGGCAUCGUCUCGGCCUUAUGUCUAAUCAUCACUCCCAGCGCUGCCUUUACAACGACGUCGUCUUUUCCGGUAAUAUGGCGAGUCGAGCCGAAUUUAUUGCAAGGGCGGAACCCAAUCUCAAGGUUUCACUUCAGAACGCCAGAUUAUGCUACUCGUCCUCGACGUCGCGGUCCUCUUACCACGACAUCCGCGGACGAAAAUGACAAGAAGUCGGGUCCCCUCGACAAGGCUGUCGCGAAAUUCAAAGCUCGCCCUGGCACUUAUCUACUCAUCCCAUGCGUUGCCGCCAUCGUCGGAUGGUUUACCAACUGGUUGGCGGUUCAAAUGAUCUUCUACCCCGUCCGAUUCCGGGGUAUCCCAAUUUAUCGACGACCCGAGAUACCUCUAGGCUUCUUGGGAUGGCAAGGGAUCGUUCCCUGCAAAACCCGUCCCAUGAGCGAAGCCAUGGUGGAAAUGGUCACAUCGCAGUUGUUGACUGUAGAAGAGGUAUUUGCGCGCCUGGAUCCCAAAAAAGUGGCCAGUUUGCUUGCUCCGGAAGUACCGAAACUAACCAACAGUAUCCUCCAGGAUCUAUUUCCGAAAUGGGUAACGGCAAUGCCGUCGGCAGUUUUUCAGGGGCUGGAUUCGGUAUCACAGGGCGUAAUGAUGCACUUUAAUCGAAAGUUCUUGGAAGGUCUUACGAAAAACAUGCAGUCCAACAUUGAUUCUAUUUUUAGUCUACGGAACUGUGUGGUAGAUCAGAUGCUCCGCGAUCGGAGUAAACUCGGAGAGCUCUUCAAAAUCUGUGGACAAAAGGAACUCGACUUUUUAACCAACAGUGGCCUGUGGUUUGGUUUCUUGCUUGGGCUGAUUCAGAUGGCGGUAGCAUUGUUUUGGGAUAAUCCUUGGAGUUUGAGUAUUGGGGGUGGUAUCGUUGGUCUCGCAACUAAUUGGCUGGCCCUGAAAUGGAUCUUUGAACCUGUCGACCCUACCCGCAUUGGACCUUUUGUUUUGCAAGGACAGUUCUUACGACGCCAACCCGAAGUGGCCAAAGAAUUUUCGGCCUUUUUUGCCAAUCAAAUUUUGACGGCCGAACAACUGUGGUAUUCCGUUCUGAACGAUCCUGCCACAAAACCCGCCUUUGCGACCAUGUUUGCCUCGCAUUUUACCAAUUUUGUGCACAAAAUUACCCAUGGUUUUCGCGUCACUCUCGAGCCAGAGACGAUGAAGCUCGCUGCCGCCAAGGCUUUGGAGAAAUUGCCUAACCAUGUACCAGUGCUGUUUCCUUACAUGGACAAAGCUUUACAGUUGGAAUCAACAUUGCGCGUCAAGAUGGAGCAAAUGACGUCGAGACAAUUCGAACGAGCCGGUGCAGUGCUGGGUUUUGCCGCCGGUUUGGUGCAACAAGGACUGGAGACGGGUGCCAUUCGCAUGCCCAACGUUUGGCAGGUUGUCCGAGACUUCUCCAAGGCUCCGAAAGCGCAAAGUAAACUCGUUUUCGAACGAAGUAGAUCGGCACUUGCUCGUUCGACACGUCGGAUACGACAGGCGUUGGUGGGGCCAUUCCGGAAGCGCAGGGACAAAUUGCCCGGGGACGAAAGUGAAGCGAGCUAG